AAAACGUGGUCGUAUUGGCUCUUUUUCUUCAUCUCUGCCGAUCUUCCUCGUGUCAGGAACCACACAAAGAUCACAGACUCAAACAAUCUCUCCGUCGCUCCUCAAUGGAUCUCUUUCUUCUUGCAAUCCUCUCACUUAUCUCUCUACACUCACAGGUGGCCUAUGGAGACCCUUCUGUUGUCUUUCUUGAUAGCCCAACUCGCAAUUACCUUCGUCAGCCAUCAGCUGAGACUGAUUCACUUACGCUAUCAGAAGUUGGUGCUGCUGCAUCAGUGUUGCUUGGCUUUGCACCCCCUUCUACACUUUCAACUGCUAGUUCAUCAAAGUUGAAUGAGGUGCUUAUGCCUAAUCCAUUUGAUAGGCCUCAUUCUGUUUUCAUGAUUGAAGUUACAGGAGUUGAAGAUUCUCAACUUAUGGUUGGCUUAGAGAAAUCUGCGUUUAGUAGUUCUCUUAGGGUCAAGGUCUUGGGAAGUGAAGGCAAAGUGGACAUUCAACUGUCAGAUGAAAAUGAAGUGUCCUUGAUCUCUUUGACUGAACGAUCACGCCAUGCUGAACACUCAGAUAAAGAACUAAGUGAUUUUGCAUCCUGGUUGGGUGGAUCGUACAUUGAAGACGUGACAGGACCACUGAAUGGAGUGUUGACCGUCCCCAUGGCAAAUGGUGCUCUUCUCAGACUCCGUAUGUCUGAGAAAGCCGACAGAGAAUUUACAACUAGUCUUAUGUUUCUCAUUAAUAAUAUUCAACGGGCUAUGGAGAUGCAUAAAGGAUUGUCUGAAAGUGGGCACAGUCCAGCAGAGCUAAUCACUGGAAGAUUUGACGGGAUUAAGGUUCUAAAAGACCAUUAUGGAACAGGAGGAGCUUCUCAAGAUGGAUUGGAAUUAUUUGUCAUUUCUGUUUCAAGAAUAUAUGAUUCCUUACAGGCAGCAUACAAAGGCCAACUAGUUGGAGUCAUUGUAUGUGGUGGACCACAUGCCCCAGCAUUGGAGAAUAUGUUAAAUGUGAUGGUUGCUUCUCGACCAUCUGCACGUUGGUUGGAGGAAACUGAAGCCUCAGCUGCUUUUAUCAAAAUCGCAGAAGUGGCGCUGGUUAGAAAGACACUUGCUUGGAUAACAGGAAUCAUUCUUCUAAUUUCUACUCUUUUGGGGAUCCACUUUCUUUUGAAUAUGCCACUGACCAAGGACACUCUGCUCUAUUCUAAUGUAAAGCUUGACUAGUUUUUCGUGGAAGCUGUUUAUUUUGUUAUUUGAACUGCCAGGAGGUCGGGACUGCGAUCCUGUGAGAUAAAUUAUUGUGUAUCUGCUCUUUCUUCCGUUCGAAAUUGGGAAAUUCAAUCUAUACUUUUUCUGUGAUUUUGUUCAAUUCAUUAUCGAUGGUAUGUUCAAGCUGGUCAUUUAGUAUGUACCAAAAGGGGAUAAAAGCUCGGAUUCUGGAGAGUGAUAUAUAACUGCGUGUAUCUAAAUAGCUUAGGCUUUGAGUCUGUAAACUGAUGCUCUUAAUAAUGCAGGCACAAAAGUAUUGUUGGUUUUG